AUGUCUGCUCCUUCACCGCGGGAGCGUGCACAGCACCUUUUUGAUAAGAAUCUUGAAUUGGAGAAAAGACGCCGUAGAUCAGCUCAGGCACAGGUUCCGUCAGAUCCCAAUAUUUGGCCACAGCUUCGUGAGAACUUUGAAGCAAUAAUUCUCGAGGAUCAUGCUUUUUCUGAGCAGCACAAUAUUGAGUAUAAUCUUUGGGUAUUGCAUUAUAAAAGGAUUGAAGAGUUAAGGGCACAUUUCAAUGCUGCUAUUUCUUCUGCAAACUCAAAAUCACCUCAGGGUGGGAAAGGUUCUGUACGACCUGAGCGGAUAACUAAAAUAAGGCAGCAGUUGAAGACAUUCCUUUCAGAAGCAACUGGGUUUUACCACGAUCUUAUCAUGAAAAUCAAAGCCAAGAAUGGGCUUCCUCUGGGUUACUUUGAGGACUCUGAGAAUUUGAUUGUGAUGGAGAAAGAUGGAAAGAAAUCUGCUGAGAUGAAGAAAAGUUUGUUAUCUUGUCAUCGUUGUUUGAUAUACUUGGGUGAUCUUGCUCGCUACAAAGGAUUGUACGGUGAAGGUGACUCAAAAAAGCGCGAGUUUGCUGCAGCUUCUAGUUACUAUUUACAAGCUGCGUCUAUCUGGCCUUUAAGUGGAAAUCCUCACCAUCAGCUUGCUUUGUUGGCUUCAUAUUCUGGUGAUGAGCUGGCAGUUAUUUAUCGUUAUUUUCGGAGUCUGGCAGUGGAUAGUCCAUUUACAACUGCUAGAGAUAAUUUAAUAGUUGCAUUUGAGAAGAAUCGACAAAGUUACUCUCAGCUCUCUGGUGAUGUUAAAGCUAUUGCAGUGAAGGAAUCUUCUGGACAGUUAGAUGGCAAAGGAAGAGGGAAGAUAGAAGCAAAACUUGUGACUAGGGGUAAUGGUGUGGAUGCAUAUCCUAGAAAGGAAGGAGCAUCCAACAUACAGGAGACUUACAAAUCCUUCUGCACUCGCUUUGUCCGUCUAAAUGGAAUCCUGUUCACUCGUACAAGUCUUGAGACCUUCACUGAAGUUCUCUCUCUUAUUAGCACUGGCCUGCGCGAGCUUCUGUCUUCAGGUCAAGAUGAAGAACUGAAUUUUGGCCAGGAUGCUCUUGAGAAUGGCCUCGCCAUUGUCAGAAUCAUUUCCAUUAUUGUCUUUACAGUUCAUAAUGCAAAGAAGGAAUCUGAAGGUCAAACUUAUGCAGAAAUUGUACAGAGGGCUGUUCUACUUCAGAAUGCCUUCACUGCAGCUUUCGAAUUGAUGAGUAUUAUUAUAGAAAGAUGUGUGCAGCUGCAGGAUCCUUCUUGUAGUUUUCUUCUACCGGGCAUUUUGGUUUUUGUUGAGUGGUUGGCAUGUUAUCCUGAUCUUGCUGCAGGAAAUGAUGUUGAUGAGAAUCAAUCAACUGUUAGAUCAAAAUUUUGGAAUAAUUGUAUUUCCUUCUUGAACAAGCUUCUUUCAGUUGGGCCUAUGUCUAUUGGAGAUGAAGAGGAGACUUGCUUUAGUAACAUGAGUAGGUAUGAAGAAGGGGAAACUGAUAACCGACUUGCUUUGUGGGAGGACUUUGAGUUAAGAGGGUUUGUUCCACUUAUACCUGCACAAACAAUCUUGGAUUUUUCAAGGAAGCAUUCGUUUGGAAGUGAUAGAGAAAAAGAAAGAAAAGCUCGGGUCAAAAGGAUUUUAGCUGCAGGAAAGGCUUUAUCAAACAUUGUUCGGACUGAUCAGAAGAGGAUAUAUUUUGAUUCAAAGGGAAAGAAAUUUAUAAUUGGUGUUGAGCAUAGUAUCUCAGAUGAUUUUGUUCUUGCCACUAGCAAACCUAUUGUAGAAGAUUUGGUGAAAAAAAGCGAAGCAGACAAGCCAAAGUCGGGGAUUGUUCAGUCAGACCACCAGCAGUAUCCGGAAGGAGAGGAUGACGAUGAUGAGGUUAUUGUUUUUAAACCUAUAGUAGCCGAGAAGCGAGCUGAUGUUGUGGUGGUCUCAUCAGGGGUAACUCACAAAGGUUUAGAGCCGGUCCCAGUAGCUUCAGGAGUGGAUGUUAAAUUUAACGUUAAUUCUACUUUCAACUCUCCCAAUCAUGUGGACCUUCAAGCUUCUUUACCUGCUUCUGUUAGUCGUAUGAUGCCUCAAAGCUUUCAACCAGUUCAGCAGCAUUCUUCAAGGUGGCUAGAAGGGGGAGUUUCUCUGGCCAACAGUUUUGAAGGUCUUGGGUUCUCGGAGAAUGGGCAUGUUGUAAAAUCUGAGCUCCCUCUGCAUGAAGCUGUAUCAAGCUUCAACCACGCUUCACUUUCUGUUCCUUUCCAGCAAUCUGUAAGCACCGGGACUAAUUCAUUUUACGGUCUCUCAAAAGCUGAAGACUUUAUGAUUCCAUCCAAAGUUGAUAAUGUUGCAUCUGCUGGAGUCACUAUGGAUAACUCUUCUGGGAAGUCAUUAUCAGUUUCACAAGCUGAUAUGAAAAAAUCUCCAGUUAGCCGUCCUUCUAGGCACCGCGGACCUCCUCCUGGUUUCAGUCAUGUUUCUCCUAGGCUUGAUAUGGAAUCUACAGUUUCAGAUUCAAUUAGUGGGAAUCCUGUUAUGGAUGACUACAGUUGGUUGGAUGGAUAUCAGUUGCCUGCAUCAACCAAAGUUUGCUUUCCUUUUCCUGGAAAACAAGUUCCAUCUGCACUGCAGGGGGUCAAACAGAAUGGUUGGCAAGAUUAUCAUACUACUGAGCUUUUAAGUGCACACCAUCAUCAGCCACAGCAACCAAUCACAAACGGAAAUCAACACUUUACUCCACUGCCUGAGCAAUAUCAAGGACAGUCAAUCUGGACAGGUCGUUACUUCGUGUGA